AACCUCAAACGUAACAACCUUAAGGACCAAUGCAACGUUAAAUCUGUUGAAAAACACUGGAGACUCAGAGCCAGACUCAGCAAAAAAACAAGUUUCUUAUAGUUUUUCUCUGUUUCGGAUCUCUUCCAUCCCUCUCCCUCGUCCCUUCCCUUUUCUUUCUUCGUACCGACACUGCUUACGAGGCCUUCUGCUCUUUCCUCAAUUCUUAAUUUAACAUCUCCUUUUUCAUUUUAUUAUUAUUUAUUGGAUUCAGGAUUCGGUAUUCAGGAUUCAUUUCCCAUAUAUUCUUUUCGUUGCUUACCCAAGUAGAAACUUCUAUCCAGGCUUGUGAGGGAGGAAGGGAGGAAGGGAGGAAGAGACGGGCUGCUUGUUGAUUUCUGGGUUUUGACCCAAAUUUUCGCGGUGACCAAGGAUUUUAUGUGUUCAUAAUUGAUGUAAUGGGGAGUUACAGCGAACAGAUAGAGGAAGAGGAACUAUUUUUUGAUAGUCGCGAUGAUAUUUCUUCUGUGUCUGAUUCGGGUUCGAAUUGUGACGAUUGCAGUUCUAGUGUUGAGAUUGACAAUGAUUUUUCUAAGUACGAGGUUUGGUUCAAGAUACCAGAAAGUAUUCAUGAUCGCCGCAGUAGGUUCCUAGAUUGGGUGGGUUCAAGUUCGGAUCAAAAUUCAAUCGUCCAGGAGGAGUCAGCUAUUCAAUGCUUGACCAAAAGCCAACCGGGGAUUUAUAGAAUGGUGGAUAGUAGUGGGGCAGUGUUGAGGACGUCGAGUUCUGAAGAUUGUCUUUUGUCGACUCGGUCUCCAUCGUCUUCUCACUUAAUUGAAACCCGGGAUUCAUUUGAAAGUGGUACAGAUGAGGAUAAUUCUGUGUGUAAAAUUAGAAAUUUGGAUAAUGGGACAGAGUUUGUAGUGGAUGAACUUGAUCAAAAUGGGAUGCUUAGCAGACUACGUAGAGUAGGCUCCGACCAGUCUCUUAGUUUUGAAGAGUUUGAGAGGAUUACUGGGGCAUCUCCUUUGAUUCAGCGACUUAUGAAUAAAUAUGCAAGUGAUGCCAAGGUUAUGACUGAAGCUAAAAAGAAAGCAAAGAGGAGUUGGUUAAGAAGAUUAGGAAGAUUAAGUCUUGCAGCACCAAUUGCUGAGAGACAUGGGGCAGCAGCUUUCAAGCCCUGUGACUAUGAAUCAACUGUUGGAUCAAAGAUGCAAAGAGUCAAAGUACAUCCAUCCAAAAAGCGGUCUAAGGAACUGUCUUCACUUUAUGCUGGACAGGAAUUUUUAGCACAUAAUGGAUCAAUUUUGACCAUGAAAUUCAGUCAUGAUGGGCAAUACUUGGCAACUGGUGGUGAAGACGGUGUUGUGCGUGUGUGGAGGGUGAUUGAAGAUGAUAGAUUGGACCAAUUUCACAUGCCACCUGAUGAUCCUUCGUUUCUAUAUUUCACAAUGAAUAAUCAAUCCAAGAUAGCUUCUCUUGGUGUGGAUACAGUGAAAGUUGAUAAACCAAAGAGGCACAUAUCAUCAAACUCCACUUGUGUUAUUUUUCCACCUAAGGUUUUCAAAGUAUUGGAGAAGCCUGUGCAUGAGUUUCAGGGACACAAUUGUGAGGUUUUGGAUCUCUCAUGGUCUAAAAGAAGGUUUCUGUUAUCAUCCUCCAUUGAUCAGACAGUUAGGCUCUGGCAAGUGGGACAUGACAGAUGCCUGAGAGUUUUUUCUCACAAUAAUUAUGUGACUUGUGUUGACUUCAAUCCUGCUGAUGAUAAUUAUUUCAUCAGUGGUUCCAUAGAUGGAAAAGUUCGCAUUUGGGAAGUGCUUAGUUGCCAGGUUGUUGACUAUACUGUUAUAAGGGAAAUUGUAACCGCCGUGUCAUAUCGGCCUGAUGGAAAGGGAGGAAUAGUGGGCACAUUGACUGGAAACUGUCUCUCUUAUGAUAUCAUAGAGAAUCGCUUGCAACUGGAUGCUCAAAUAUCUUUACAGGGCAAAAAGAAGUUAACAGGCAGGAGGAUUACUGGCUUUGAGUUCUCCCCAAGUGAUCCAACUAAAGUACUAGUAACUUCUGCUGAUUCAAUAGUACGAGUAUUGAGUGGCAUGGAUGUCAUAUGCAAGUUUAGAGCGUCUAGCAUUGGUAUUUCAGCGAACCAAAUGUCGGCAUCUUUUACCACAGAUGGGAAACAUGUUGUCUCAACAAGCGAAGAUUCUAGUGUCUAUGUUUGGAACUACAAUAGCCAGGAAAAGAGUUCUUCUCGGGGGAAAAACAUCCAGUCUUGUGAAAGUUUCAUGUCUCAAAAUGUAUCGAUUGCUAUACCUUGGUGUGGCAUUGAAAAUGGGCCAGGAACACUUGUAUCUCCCCCAUCUGCUAGGGAUAUACAUGGAAGUAAUGGAAAGCAUGGGCAUAGCCAUCAUAAGUUUUUUGGGGAGCCUUCAUCGGAUUGUUUCUCUCUUACUCGUGGGUUUUUGUCGGAUUCCUUGACAAGGGGAUCUGCAACUUGGCCUGAAGAGGUACUGAGUGAUUCAAACCCAGUUGCCAUUUCAACCACAAAGAGUAAAUCUGAAUACAAGUUUUUGAAGAAUGCCUGCAAUAACAUUUUGAGCUCUCCUCAGCUGUGGGGUCUGGUGAUUGUAACUGCUGGCUGGGAUGGAAGAAUUAGAACAUACCUCAAUUAUGGGUUACCUCUACGCAUUUGAUACCUUCUCGAUCAAUGAUCGAAGGUAAGGUAGUAUAGUUAAAAGUAGGUCAUUUUAGGUGGAAUGGAAAUACAAAAUUGCAACAUAUCUAUGUAUAACUCUGGUGGGUACCGAGGGUUUAAUUACUUGUUGGAUUUUAAUACACAUGUUAAUAACAUGAUUCUUUGAUUCGUGUACAGAAA